AUGCUAAUCCCUCAUCUGUCUUGCAUCUUUGAACCCAUCCUCAACCUUUUCCGUUCCACCAAGACCACCACAUCCACCAUGUCUUCUUGCAACAGCAACAACAACAACAACAACAACAACAACAAGAUCUGCAUUGUUGGUGCCAGCCCGUCAGGCCUGGCUCUUGGUGCUCUCCUCGAGAAGCAGGGCGGUUGCGACUACGUCAUCUAUGAAAGCAGUGCUGAGGAUGUCCCACCUCGUGGUGGCUGCCUCGAUCUCCACCCUGGCAGCGGUCAAAGAGCGUUGAAGGACGCUGGUGUCUUUGAAGAGUUCAAGAAGUACGCCCGCUACGGCGAUGCCACCAUCCAUCGCCUCUUCAGCCAAAAGGGCGAGAAUUUCUUCGACUUUGGUGAGGGCCGUGAUGCCCCUGAGAUCGACCGCUGGGCUCUCAGAAAGGUCCUCCUCAGUGGCAUCCCCAAGGAGAAGACUCACUGGAAGAAGCCAGUUGCCAGCACCACCCGGGACGAGAACAAGCAGAUCGUUCUCAACUUCGCUAAUGGAACCACUGCUUCGGGGUUCGGUCUUGUAGUCGGCGCCGAUGGUACCUGGUCCAAGGUGCGGCAUUUGGUAACCGACGCAAAGCCACAAUACAGCGGCAAUCUGUUCGUCACCACCAAGAUCCUCCCUGGCGGUCCAUACUACGAAAAGAUGAAGGAGCUCUGCCGCAUGGGGUCCAUGAUCGUCAUGGGCAAGGGUGUCCACAUGUUCAACAGCAGACAAGGCGACGGGCACUACCGCGUCGACGUCGGCAUUCCCGGCCCCGAGAACUUUGCCGACGCCGGUCUCGUCGACAUCAAGGAUUGGGACGCGUUCAAGAAGUACCUUUUGGGAGAUGACCUCUUUGGUCCUUACUCGGAUGAGAUGAAGGAGAUCAUCAAUCAAAGUCAGGGUCCCUUCAGACCUUGGAUCAUGUACUACUUCCCCACGGACAGUCUCAACUGGAAGACUGUCCCGGGUGUGACGUUGAUUGGCGAUGCUGCUCAUGUCACGACACCAUUCGUUGGUGAUGGUGUCAACUGCGCCAUGAGAGAUGCGAUCAUCCUUGCUGGAAAGUUGAAGGAAUUGGGCGUCAGCGAGGAGGCUGUUGCUGCCUAUGAGAGGGAGAUGUUCCCCUUCGCUAUUGAUGUUAUCACGAGAAGUCUUCAGAGCCAGAAGAUGUUCUUCGAGAAGAAGGCUCCCAAGACCUUCAUUGAGGUCAUGAGCUCUGGGAAGCCCUUGAUUGGCACGACUGACCAUAUCUGA